AUGCCGGAGUUUGUCUUCUCUGCCUGCGUGGGUGGCUCUGUCAUGGAGGGCCCAGUUGCUGGUGAGAAGAGAGCUUGUACUCAGGAGAUGAUGGAUGUUGGUGGAGUGGAUUCAGAUGACCCUCCUCCCCCUUUGCCUCCAAUUUCCAUGAGCUUCAAAGAUAAAGUUUCUGGGGAUUUUGGCAUGGCUGAGGAUCAAUUGGUGAUUGGUGAUGAUGAUUUUGUCAUCAAGCAAGGGGAGAUUCCUUCAAUCCAAUUUUUUGAUAAAGUUAAGAGCUGUCUGUAUUGGCCAUGGCGCACUGCUGUAAUUCUUAAGCUCAUGGGUCGGCCUCUGUCUUACGCUUUCUUAAGGACUCGUCUUCUUCAGAAGUGGGAUCUUAAGGGGCCAAUGAGCCUAAUCGAUUUGGAGAAUAAUUAUUUCAUUGCUAAGUUCCUGUUAGCGGAAGAUAUGCGGUAUGUUCUCUCGGGGGGUCCUUGGCAAAUUGCUGGGCAGUAUGUGGUGACCCAACAAUGGAAGCCUGGGUUUAAUGCCAAAGAGGAAAAAAUCACUCAUAUGACUGCUUGGGUUCGAAUUAAUGGCUUGAAUGUGGAGUAUUUUCGCUUUGAUGUUAUGGAGAAGAUUGGGAAUCUUAUUGGUAUCACUGUAAAGGUAGAUGCUCAUACCAUGAGUCAAGCCCGAGGUAAAUUUGCUAGAGUCUGUGUUGAACUUGAUUUAGCUAAACCUCUAACCCCUUUCAUUGAGGUGGAAGGUCGUUCUUAUGAGGUUGUGUAUGAGGGAAUUCAAUUAGUCUGUUUUGAAUGUGGGUGUUAUGGUCAUGGUAGAGACUCUUGCCCUGUUAUAUUGCUAGCCAAAAAACAGGAGUCAAAUUCAGGUCAUGCUGAGAAUAUGGAGGUUAAUACUUCAGAUAAGAGUGAUGAUCUCAGUGUUAAUAAUCCUGUUACUAAAGAUGCUGAGAUUCCAGCUAAAAUGCAUGGGCAGUAG